AUGGGCAUUAUGUACGAGCUUCGAAAUUCGCCUGGCAAAGGCAAGGGUCUGUUUGCCUCGGCGUCCGGCGUCCGGCAGGGCGAUCGCAUCAUUGCUGAAGCCCCCAUCCUCACUGUCGACCUUGCCCGGUUCAGGCUGCCGCCAGCCGAACUCGAGCUGCACCUCGAGGAGAAACUACAGAGUCUGGAAGCCGACAAACGCGCUGAUUUUAUGUCCCUGUCGACCAACGGCGCCGACGAAAAUAACCCGCUGUCCUCCAGAAAAGCAGUUCCCGCCGUAUUCCGUAAUGCCUCCCGCCUCAACCACUCGUGCGUCCCCAACUGCCACUUUUCGUGGGACCGCGUCACGCGUACCUGUCUAGUCCACGCCAUCACAGACGUGUCCCCGGGCGACGAGCUCACCGUCGCCUACGACUCGCGGGGCACCGCCCAGACCACGGCUGAGAUGGAAACCACCAUGGGGUUCAGGUGUGCGUGCCCUCGCUGCAGCCUACCGUCGGACGAAGUGGCAAGGAGCAACGAGCGUCGGCGGGAGUUGAACGCCAUAUUGGCCGAAGUGGAUUUGGCGUACCGGACGGCGGACCCAAGGGAUCAGAGCACAGAGGACGGCGAGGACAAGGAGGAAGGGGAGGAAGAGAGAUAUGGGCGACAACAGUGGGAUAUCCAGCCACCACCGUCGUCUUUUGCCCCGGCGCGGAUCCUACCGCUGUGUCGCAGGAUCGUGGCGCUCCAGCAGCUCGAGUUCGGAGGCGCGCCGACCACAAUGACGUACGAGCUGGGCCUGGCAAUGCAUUACGCCAGCAGCAGCUGCUUCUUGCACGAUGACUACGUGCGGGCCUCUGUGUUUGCGGCCCGGGCGCUGGCGGCUUUUACGGUAUGCGAGGGUGCCGAGGGACAGAACGCGCGGGCCUAUCGCGAGCUGACGCGGGAUCUCUCCAGUACCAUACGGUCCAAGAAGCCUCUGGCUGGCAACCAGCAGGCGUAUGACCGCUGGUUGUGGUUGCCCGAGUAG